GUAUUCCUUUCUUUCCUAAUUUUAAAGAAAGAAAAAAAUGAAUAUUCAACUUAGAAACAUACGUACGAAUAAUCUAAUUCUACAUUUUAAUAUAAAUAUAUAUAAUAUUCUUCAACCUCUACACAAAAUUUCUCACAUUUCAUAUUCUGAUAUUGUGUGUGAGGUAGUCUAGAGAGAAAAUCUGUCCAAAUUUGUUAAAAUACAACCUUAUAUAUAUUAGACUAAGAUCGAUUAAUAUAUAAUCUGAAUCAUUAUUAUAUAUAAUGAGUUCGUUAUUAGUUUCUGUUAGUCAUUAUAAUUAUUACGAUUAUUCUGGUGUGGUUGGUCGUAGUAGAUCUUACCCUCCAACUUCAUCAAACCUUCAUCUCACUACUUCUAAGUCGCCAUCGCUCCUCAAAAAUGGAAAGAUCAGGAAUAUUUCUGUAAAGAACAAUAUUUUGCCUGAUUUACCUCAACUUCCUUCACCUGAUAAUUCAGAUCCUGGUUCCUGGAAAGUAUGGCUUAUGGGAAUGAUUGUAUCAGUAAUUAUACCUUUUUGGACAAACAAAUGGGGGCGUUUACAAAAAAUUCAAAAACAAGUAGAGACAGUGGUGGAUACAGCUCAAGAAGUGACAGAAAUGGUGGAAGACAUGGCAAAGAAAGUGGAAAAAGUAGCAGACGAACUUGGGGAUCGUCUUCCUGAGGGUGGAAAGCUCAAACAAACUGCUUUAUUUGUUGAAGAUUUUGCCCAAAAAACUGUUCAUAACGCCGAUCUCAUCGAAGAUCUCCUUCAAAAGGUGGAGGAAGUGGAGAAUAAGGUUGAGGACUUUCUUGAAGACCAAACCAAUAAGAAAGGGGAAGACAAAACCGAUGAGAAGUAAUGAAACAAUGAUUAGUGAUAUAAUGAUAAUGUAGUUAUUAGUUGUACGUUAAUUGAGGAGUGUUUGUAAUUAUAAUUUAUUAUAAAUUAUGUAUUAAAUUAAUGACGAAAUAUUAUAAAUUAAAUAUUUUAUUUAAGGGAAAAUUGUUCUUUGAGAACAAGUAAGUACAUUUGAUAUUGUUUUUUGAAAAUAGUUUUUAAACCAACUUUUAAUAGUUUAAUGCAAGAUGUAAAAUUUGUGUUUA